CCCUCGUCCCGCCCUCGCGGUGAAGAUGGCGCUCUCCAGGGUGUGCUGGGCUCGAGCUGCUCUCUGGAGUUCGGCUGUCACCCCUGGACCUUUUGUCAGCCGGAGGCUGCUGCUUGGUCACUCUUGGGUGGCCCCUCGGUCUUGCAAGCUUCACUUUUCUCCAAAGGCAGAUGUGAAGAGUUUGAUCUCUUAUGUGGUGACCAAGACAAAAGCGAUUAAUGGAAAAUACCAUCGUUUCUUGGGCCGUCAUUUCCCCCGCUUCUAUGUCCUGUAUACAAUCUUCAUGAAAGGGUUGCAAAUGUUAUGGGCGGAUGCCAAAAAGGCCAGAAGAAUAAAGACAAAUAUGUGGAAACACAAUAUAAAGUUUCAUCAGCUUUCAUACCGGGAGAUGGAACAUUUGAGACAGUUUCGCCGAGACGUCACCAAGUGUCUUUUCCUAGGUAUCAUUUCCAUCCCACCUUUUGCCAACUACCUGGUCUUCUUGCUAAUGUAUCUGUUUCCUAGGCAACUACUGAUCCGGCAUUUCUGGACCCCAAAACAGCAGAUUGAUUUCUUAGAUAUCUAUCACGCUCUCCGGAAACAGGCUCACCCAGAAAUCAUUAGCUAUUUAGAAAAAGCCAGCCCUCUUAUUGCUGACGGAGGACUCCGGUGGCGGCUGACAGACCUGUGCAACAAGAUACAGCGUGGCAUGCACCCAGCUGUGCAGGAUCUCCUGGCUCUGAGACAGUGCUUUGGUUCCCACCCUCUGGACAUGAACCAGCUCCAAACCUCACAAAUGAAAGCCUUGAGCCGGGCCAUGCUGCUCACUUCUUACCUGCCCCCGCCUUUGCUGCGACGGCGGCUGAAAGCUCACACCACUGUCAUCCAGCAGCUGGAUAAAGCUCUGGCAAAGCUGGGGAUCAGCCAGCUGACUGCACAGGAAGUGAGAUCGGCCUGUUAUCUUCGUGGCCUGAACUCUACCCACGUUGCUGAGGACAGGUGUCGGACUUGGCUGGGAGAAUGGCUACAGAUUUCCUGCAGCCUGGAAGAAGCCGAGCUGUCCCUCCUGCUGCACAGCAUGGUUCUGCUUUCCAUCAACUACCUUGGGACAAGACGCUGAGUGAGCCACGGAGUGGAUGGUGGCGUCCUGCGAUCACGAUCACGUAGCUAAACCGUGUGGGACCAAACAGCCCUUGUCAGCAAAGGCUCUGUGCGCACUUGGAUGUGUGGGAGGUGGAGGAGCAGGGGCCGUGAGCUUCGCUGCAUGCCCCCCAUGUGAGAACGUCAGACAUUCACACCCAGAACUGAAACAAACCUUUCCAGGGGUGGCCCAUGUGCGGUGCCAUCCCGCCUCCUCCAUAAGUAGCUGGAGCCUCUGUGCUCGGCUCCUCUGCGAGGUGUUCCGUUUAGGUCCUAGCAAGUCAGUUUUUGCCCCAGGUGGGACUCCUCAUUUGGCCUAGGACCCACCCACUGCCACGCCCUUGACAGUUUUGAAUGUAAGAAUUUCUGCCUGGCGAGAACAGCAUUUGCAUCCACACGUACCCUUCAGCACUGCCCUCAAUCCUUUCUAGUGACCAAAAUGCGGGGUUUUUUGGGCCCCUCUCUCUCUGGCAUGGGCUAGCGUCUUCCUUUCCUUCUCAAAUCCUUUGAACGCCUUGACUGUUUUUCCCGGGGAUUAACACGUGGGAACAGGCUGCUGGAGGAAACAGGAAGUGCUUCCCGGCCCCUCCCCCAGUACAUCCAGCCUCCACGCCCCAUUGUCUUACCUUCUGGGCUGGAGCGCAGCCCCUGUGGAUCUACCUCCACUGUUGCAGCAACCCAGCUGUGACCAUUGCUGGCUGCCUUCCUGGGGCCCUUGGACAAAGUCCCGCCCAGCCUGGGGAGAGCAGCAGGGGUCUGCUUGGAGCUGGUAGCCGGGUUUAGCUUUUGUGUGUGUCCAUCGGUGACAUGUAAGUUCUGUAGUAUUUAUUGUAAAUGCAUGAAGAAACCCAAGUAAAGACUGUCUGAAACCAGUGGGCAGCAAUGAC